UCGGUUGUCGAUUACGAAUGACUGAGUUAAUCAUCGUGUAUAAAAGUUUUAUAGAUGUGUUCAUUAUGCUAGCAUGCUUACUGUAAACGAUGAAGAUCUCUACACCGAUGCAAUCUUGGCGUGUCUGGACAAAUACUCGACACAAAUCGACGAAGAUUUAGAAUUUCAGUUGUUGAAUUCAAAGCGUGAUUUUCACCACGAAGAGAUCUGUGGUUGGACCGUAUCGCCGUGUGAUAUCAAUCGCUUCAGAUGGAAYCAACAGCGCAAAACUUUGAAAACUCCUAACAGAGACUUCAAGACAGUACGGCGAAGUAGUUUUCGGCAAGAUAUAGACUAUAAAUUUAAACAUUAUCGUCAUGCAAAUAGCUACAUGGACCAGUACAGAAACGACAAGAUACAACGACUAGACAUAUGGCAAGACGUCAAGAAAUCAGAGUUGUGUGAAGUUUGUUGUGAAACUACUCCUGUUGUUUGUGAAUCUAAGUCGCCUUCUACAGCUGUUCCACCAACCCAAAAGAUUGCAAGACCUUUGCCGCUAUUUCGAGGAAGUUUAUACGGCAGUCAAAUUUCCAAGUGCAAAGAUGUUUAUACAGACAACGGGGCCAUCUCUAAUAGCAAGCAGCCUAGAGGAUUGCAGAGCGAGCCGUGGGCAGUCGUUGGAGUCGAAAAACGUCCAAUCCCACCUCAAACUAAAAGUCGCRCAGAUUUCAAAGGCCGGCAAACAAGACAACAUAUCAACAAAACCAAGACCAUGAACUCAAGCCUUGUCACUUCGUCAGUCUUUCAAGGGGUGAGAGGUGCUCCUCGAAGUAACAGUGCACCUAACAUAGGCACUGCAUUCAGUAGACAAUGGAAGAACGAGCCGAGAAAGACUGCGGAGAGUGCCAUUGCCGAGGUCGAUUACUCUUGUUACACCGAAAUGUUUAAGAACGUCUUAGAGUAUUAUGGAACAAAGAAACUUAACCCUAAGCACAAGCCCGGGUCGGCGGGAAAUUCAAGRGUUUUUUCAAUCAAAAUAUGAUGUAUUAUUAUAAGAUUAUCAUGCAGAUAAAAUAUAUUUUUGUAAUAAGUUC